UACAUGUACCUAGAUAUAUCUGGUCAUACAGAUGAGAUUUACCAAGGUAUAUCAGGUCAUAUAGGUGAGAUAUACCAGGAUAUAUCAGGUCAUACUUAUGAGAUUUACCAAGGUAUAUCAGGUCAUAUAGGUGAGAUUUACCAGGAUAUAUCAGGCCAUACAGAUGAGAUAUACCUAGAUAUAUCAGGUCAUACUUAUGAGAUUUACCAAGAUAUAUCAGAUCAUACAGAUGAGAUUACCAAGGAUAUAUCAGGCCAUACAGAUGAGAUAUACCAGGAUAUAUCAGGUCAUACUUAUGAGAUUUACCAAGAUAUAUCAGAUCAUACAGAUGAGAUUUACCACGGUAUAUCAGGCCAUACAGAUGAGAUAUACCAGGAUAUAUCAGGCCAUACUUAUGAGAUUUACCAAGAUAUAUCAGAUCAUACAGAUGAGAUUUACCAAGAUAUAUCAGGUCAUAUAGGUGAGAUAUACCAAGAUAUAUUUGGGCAUACA